AUGGUACUAUUAUUUAUUUUACUUUAGAAUAGACAGGGCAAAACCAGAUUAUCCAAGUGGUAUGUCUACUAUGACGAUGCUGAAAAAGUUAAAUUACAAAACGAAGUCCAUCGAUUGAUUGUUUGCAGAGACACCAAGCACACUAAUUUUCUUGAAUUCAGGAAUUACAAGAUCAUUUAUAAGAGAUAUGCUGGCUUGUUUUUUGCUUUGUGUGUUGAUGUCUCAGACAAUGAACUCACCAUGCUUGAAUUAAUACACCUUUACGUUGAAGUCCUUGACAAAUACUUUGGAAACGUAUGCGAAUUGGACAUCGUCUUCAACUUUAACAAAGCAUACUCUAUUAUUGAUGAGAUGAUUGUUGGUGGGGAAAUUAUCGAAACCUCUAAGUAAGUCAUAAUUAAUGCUGUCAAGAAUAUUGAAUUAUUAGAUUGA